UCUACUGUGCUACUUCUUUGCCCGCGGAUCCCAAACUUCGCUUUCUUGGUUGACGUACACCCUCCCGGCUCUCAACCACUCUAAUUUCAGCACAUGGCGUCCACGGAAUGCUGAUGUGAUGACAUCGAGCACCAUGCCUUCUGCUGCCGUCGCCCGAGGCAGGAGAUUCAGUUCUCGCCCAUUCUUUGCGACAGUAUUCUGCAUAACACUGCUGGCUGUUUACAGCAUCUUCAUACGGGACCAUGCUGCUAAUCGCGACGAUGCGCCACUGCUCCACACACGGUCCGGGGAGGACUGCCGUCUUGUUCACCAAGCUGCCGACCAAUGCGCCUUUGUGAAGCGCAAUUGUCACGACGAUGAGGCCGGCCUUAUCGAGUACCUGGCAUUCUAUUACUGCACCCUCGGCAACGCGCAGCCGCUUGGUUUCAUCAUCCUCGUAAUGUGGCUUGGCCUGCUCUUCACUACCAUCGGCAUUGCAGCUAGCGACUUCUUUUCCGUGAACCUGAGCACUAUCGCUACCAUACUAGGGCUCAGCGAAAGCCUGGCUGGCGUGACCUUCCUAGCCUUCGGCAAUGGAUCACCCGAUGUGUUCAGCACCUUCGCUGCUAUGAGCUCCAAUAGCGGCAGCAUGGCUGUGGGCGAGCUCAUUGGCGCAGCUGGAUUCAUUACGUCGGUCGUUGCCGGUUCCAUGGCCCUCGUACGGGAGUUCAAAGUCAGCAGGAAGACUUUCGUGCGCGACAUCUGCUUCUUCAUUGUUGCAGUUGCCUUUUCGGUGGGCUUCCUAUCUGAUGGCCACAUUCACUUAUGGGAAUGCUGCGUCAUGAUUGGGUUUUACGUCUUCUACGUGAUCGUGGUCGUGGGCUGGCACGCAUACGCAAAGCGGAAACAAGCACGGAGGGCAAGAGAAGUUGCGGCUAGAGGCCAUUUUCAUGCCUCGGGCAGCAGUCAGGGUCAGGACGAGCUGGAGCCGUACAGAGACGAGCCUGGCGACGAGGAUACCACGCCUGGUGCGUCGCGGGGCGCUGCACGGGCAGGCCCUGCGACGGUCGACAUUGGCAUCCUGGACCGUGCGCCUCGAAUCGAGAUUGGGCAAGCUAACGACGAUAACGAAGACGACGACGAGGCUCAUGGUCAGCACGUCGCAGCAGAAGUGACGAGCAGUAUGCGAGUGAACCGACCACGUGGCAGACGAAGCACCACGACUAUCACGCCCAUCCGGCCCAGUCUCAUCGGCGCGCUCGAGUUCAGGUCCGUCCUAUCUUCUUUGCAACAAGAGCGAAACAUGUGUAUGGCUCCAAUCCAUACUCGGAGCCACUCCGCGGAUAGGCUUUCCGUUGGCUUAGACGACACCAGGCGGACGAUGCGAGGGUCUACAAGUUGGCAGACUAUUCCGGGGGCUGCGAGCACGACUAGGAAUCGCACACAGUCAUCAGCGGCUGUGCUUACUCUCACCGGCGUUGGUUUGAAACAUCCCCCCAGCGCCUCUGCCGAUGAGAGAGGGCGGGCUCGCAGUCCAUCCACGCACACCGUAGGCGGAAGGUUAGCACCCCCUCGGUUGACCUCCGGUGGUACUCGUCUUGUAGAGGGCUAUGGUGAGGAUUCUGCGUCGCGUUCCAAACCAUCUGGAGGACUGCGUGUGCGCAUCCCCAGUCCAAGCCCUCAAAGCAGUGCACAAUCCUCGCCUGCGAUGUCCCCGUUUCCUCGCUACACAGAUUCGCCUCUACCUCUUGCGGCGAAUCCUCACGAUCCUUCGCAGUUGAUGCUACCCACGUCGGGUCUAGAGCAGCGUCACUCUUUUCCGACCCUACCGCAACAGGAGGAUCCCAAACCUGUAAGAUGGUGGCCAUAUGAAGUGUUGCCCGCGCCACACGUUUUGAUAAGCACCUUAUUUCCCACGCUUCAAGACUGGAAAAAUAAACUGUUCUGGGACAAACUGGUUCGUUUGGUUUCUGUGCCGAGCAUUUUCCUUUUAGCCAUCACUGUGCCUGUGGUGGAGAGUGACACGACGGAUGACGACUCGGAUAUGAACGUUGAGGAGCAACCAGCCUCUGGCCACCUUGGCAACACAGCGGCCGCCGUGUCACAUGAGUCCAACGGAUCGAUCGAGUCUGAAACGGAAUGGCAAAGGUACCGACGAAGGACGAGAUCUCGUGGCUCGUCUGUCAUCAGAACAUCCAGUGUGCUCUCAUUGGCUGCCCCUGACGAGACUCCUGGCUCGGGCUCAGGCUCAGGCUCUGCCGAGACGGUACGACCUGCUCGUGUGGCCUUGGACGCGCAACCUGUAAAACCUUCGUCGGAACUUGGACAAGACAGCUCUGCUCAAGGGGGCGAGGAGCAAGGAUGGAACCGGUGGUUGCUGAUCCUGCAGAUCUUUACAGGCCCGUUGUUCUCUGUAUUCAUCGUUUGGGCAAACAUGGCCGAUGAUCUAGAGCAGCCCGGACUGGUGCUCAUCAGGGCCUUGCUCAUCUCUCUCGUUUUCUCUCUUGUGUUACUCGGAAUCCUCCUGCUUACCACAAGCCCCGAUCGCCGCCCGAAAUUCCAUUUUAUGUUCUGCUUCCUUGGAUUUAUCAUUGCGAUUGCCUGGAUCUCUACGAUCGCAGGCGAAGUUGUUGGAGUACUGAAAACAAUCGGUGUAAUUUUGAAUAUUUCGGAAGCGAUCCUGGGUCUCACCGUCUUCGCGGUUGGCAACUCCGUCGGUGACCUGGUUGCCGAUAUUACCGUAGCCCGCCUUGGAUAUCCCGUCAUGGCACUAUCUGCUUGCUUCGGCGGGCCAAUGCUGAACAUCCUCCUCGGGAUAGGGCUUGGCGGGGCCUACCAGACAAUUCACGCAGCAGACAAGAAACAUCGAAAGCACCCCGACAGACCUAUCCAGUACAAGCCCUACCACAUCCAAGUCGGUGGCACCUUGCUGGUUUCGGCAGUGGUAUUACUGGUCACUCUGCUGGUCCUGCUGAUCGCCGUUCCGAUGAACAAGUGGGUGAUGAGCAGGAAGAUAGGAUGGGGGUUGGUUGCCUUGUGGUUGACUGGCACGAUUAUAAACUUGGUUAUCGAAUCAACGGGUCUUUGGCUCGAAAUUGCGUAGGCGUCGAGCGAUGACAAAUUAUUGUGUUUCCGAGGGUAGGACAUGCCACGAUGAGAAGCGUGCGUCAUCAACCUAGGCUUGCGGCCCUGCAAUUUCAAACUGAGGGCCCCAAAGUGCCGGUCUCAUACGAUGCUUCUAGAUGUUCCGAGGAUGCGAUUCAUGAUGUGGCAGUGGCACGAUACAGUGGCAGCCUCAGAACCGAGGCCAUCUGCUUGUGUGUGGUUUCCCAUGACAUCCC